UUAAAGACACACAAACAACCAUAGCUGUAUGCUGGGUAUAUUGCUUCCUGUUAAUUUUUUUGUGCCAGAAUUGCCGAACGUUUCAAAUAACGACGACAAAUCAAAAUCUGUCUGCCUUCUUUUGAAUCGAUGUUCUGUUCGCCUUUGGAUACGUGUCCGAACAGAGAGCGCACGCGUGCGAGGGGAAUGCUUGAGGUUUGGCGUUUUUUUUUAGCCCUGAAACAUGUUAUUUUCCACGUACAACACUUGAGCGUGUUAUCAACUGAAUAUUGCUUCAGAUUGCAAAUGGCAACAGCUUGGAAACCCGACUGUACAGAAAACGCCAAACACGAGUCAGUUGAAAACAUGAAAACAUUUUUCACAAAGCAAAACCAUGAAACGAGCGAGGUGGUCAGAAAGAUGGGUAAAGAGGAUCAGGACGGGGUUUUGAGCUGGUGUUCUGAAGGAGCGUCUAUACAGAUUGAAUGCACAAUAGCAAGCGAUUCAAAACCACCACCUUGCCCGCUGAGUAAAACCCAUUACAAUAAACCUGUUUGUAAAGAUCACAAAAGACUCAGUUCUCACAAACUGGUGAUACAGUACAUAUUACCCUGUAUGAACGAGUAUGGUUUGUGCAUAGUGGACAAUUUUCUUGGUAACAACUUUGGAGACAACAUUUUGCAAGAAGUCAUAACCCUUCACGGAUGUGGAAAGUUUCAGGAUGGAGAGCUUGCAAGUCCAAAGUCAGGCUCAAACAAGUCCAUUCGAGGGGAUAAAAUAAUGUGGGUGGAGGGUAACGAACUUGGCUGUGAAAACAUAGGCUUUCUCUUGUCGAGAACGGACAAACUCAUCACGCAUGCCGACGGAAAGCUUGGCCCUUACACUAUUAGAGGAAGACACAAGGCAAUGGUAGCUUGUUACCCAGGUAAUGGAACUGGUUACGUGAAACAUGUAGACAACCCUAAUGCUGAUGGGCGCUGUGUUACGUGUAUUUAUUAUCUCAAUAAGAACUGGGAUGCAAAGGUAAACGGUGGUAUUCUGAAAAUAUUCCCAGAAGGAAAGUCCUAUGUAGCAGAUAUUGAACCAAUUUUUGACCGAUUAUUGUUUUUCUGGUCAGAUAGAAGAAAUCCACAUGAAGUCCAGCCUGCUUACACAACGAGGUAUGCCAUUACUGUGUGGUAUUUCGAUGUAGAGGAAAGAGCUCAAGCUAAAAAGAGAUUCAGAGACUUAACAGCGUCUUCACAAGAGAGAAGUUUUGCUUCAUGAUAUGAAUGGACCGCAACAAAUACAUCUUCAGAAGACGUGUACUAAAUCAUGAGAUCCAAAAAUAACAAUCCAGCUUUUUAGUUGUGUCUUUCAAACCAGCGUUUGUCCUUGUUUCUUUUGCAUGUUUGAACUGCACUAAUGGUACAGACUACAACUUUAUUUGCAGUGCAGUGUUGAUAAAGUCCAAACAGGCUUCUGUUUUAAAAAGGGAAUAUAAACAGACACAGUCUGCGACCAACCUCGUCUCUACAAGCAUCUUCAAACAAAGUAUAUGUGGUUUAUAUGUGAUUGCUGUGAACAGUUUAACU